AUGGUCGUGUACGCCAACGCUCUCUGUACCCUCCUCCUUCUCCCUGAUGCCUUGUUCAUCUUCCACAGAUCAUUACCAGACCACCCUCCUCCACUUACAUUCUCCAUACUCUGCAGAUUCUUCUUGCUUGCCUUUCUUGCAUGUUCAGGGCAGAUAUUUGGAUAUAUUGGUAUAGACUACAGCUCUCCCACGCUUGGUACCGCCAUGCUUAACCUCAUUCCUGCAUUCACUUUCAUACUUGCUCUUAUUUUCAGGAUGGAAAAUGUGUACUGGAGAAGGUUAAAUAGUCGAGCCAAAGUUUUGGGGACCAUCGUUUCAAUUACAGGAGCAUUUGUGGUCACAUUCUACAAAGGUCCACCGAUCAUAUUGCUAAGUGCACCUGAUGAAUUUCAUUUCUCACCACCACAACAUUCAAAUUGGAUUCUUGGAGGCCUUUUUUUGGCAGCUGAUUCUUUCACCAGUUCCCUAUGGUACAUUCUGCAGGCAUCGAUCCUUCAGAAGUACCCGGCAGUUGUAUAUGGGCCUGAUUGCUAUCUUAUAUAUACAGGAAUUGUUUCAACUGUUAUCCGAUACAUUUUGAUGAUCAGCUGGUGCGUGUGGAAGGCUGGAGCUUUUUAUUGCUCUAUGUUCAAGCCUCUUGGGAUCAUUUUUGGCGUGAUCAUGGGUGUCAUCUUUUUGGGAGAUCCAUUCUAUUUUGGAAGUUUGGUUGGUGCAGUUAUAAUUGUCACUGGAUUUUAUGGAGUGAUGUGGGGAAAAGCCGAAGAAGAGAAGCUGGUGGAAAAUGGUGGCCGGAAAAGUGAAUCAUUAGGCCAAAAUAAGGUUCCUCUGCUACUAUUGAGGAAAGGAAUACCAUAUGAUUUGGAGUCUUCGUUAUUGGGAUCUUCUGUAUCAUCACAAGUUAAUUAAGAGAUUUGUAUUACUAUAGUUAGUCCUAUAAUUAUGGAUAGAAUUAGCAUUCUUGUAUAAAACGUUGUAAACCAUUUUGAAUGAAAUGUAGAUAUCACAUAUUAUUCACACUAUCAAAUCUCUUUAUGGUAUCAGAGCAAUCGCUCUUGAGAACCUAGAAAUCUACACAAACAAAAUACCUCAUGGCUGGUGACGAAGAAUAGCAGGUCAUUAAACACAAGAAAGACCAGAG